GAGGCGUCACCUGACUGUCAGCUCUACACAGGAAGUGGGUUGGUGAAUUCAACAUGGCUGUUCCUUGCAAAAAGAGGAGGAUUUGUGUCCGGCAAUGAAAUACAUUUUAUAAAAGUAUAUUCAGUUCAGUGAGUUAGCUGGUUUUGAUCCUGGUCCGACAUGGCCAAAUGUGUUCAGUCUGUGCAGGAGUUUGUCCAGGACUCGUUUGUCCCAAUGGUGGCCGUCUUAUGCAGUGAAGAAGCGGAGACAGUGACUCGUAAGAACAACCUGAAUUUCGCUGAGCUGUUGAGGCCUUUCUGCAGACUAACGUCCGAAGGUCACAUCCGAGACCCCAACAACCAGGUGCAGGCUGUGAAGAACCUGCGUAUUUGUGUCAACAAUGUAGUGACAAGCCCAAACACGACAUCUGCUGCCCUUAAUCCUGCCCAGCGCCAGCUCCUCAAUGAGGUGGUGUUGUCCUGCCAGCCACAAGAGGGUGCUGUGACCAAUGUGAUCACAGCAGGAGACUAUCACCUCAAAUUCAGUGCAUCAACGCCCUGGUUUGAAGUCUACAGGGAGAGCUUCUUGCAGUCGAUGCCUGCCUCCGACCAUGAGUUCCUCAAUCACUACCUCGCCUGCCUGCUGGUGGUGUCCUCCACUGAGGCAGUCCCUGUGGAGCAGUUCCUCAAGCUUUCCCAGGAGCAGCACAGGAUUCAGCACAGUGGAGAAUACACCAGCCCAAAGUGGUUUAUUCCCAACACGCUUAAGUACUACGUCUUACUGCAUGACAUGAACGAGGGGGAUGAACAGAGGGCAGAUGCAGUCUAUGAAGACAUGAAACAGAGGUAUGGUCCACAGGGCUGCUAUUUGCUGAAAAUGAACUCUCGUACCUUGUCAGUUGGAGACGAUGAACAGAUUCCAGACCCCUGGAGUCAAUAUCUGCACAAAAGUAGUUUGCAAAACCAGGAUAUAAUUGAUGAUCUAGCACCGACUGUGAACAGUGCUGCUAUUGAGAACAAUAUCAGUGCAGUUGAACUGGACUGCCAUCGCACAACAGAGAAAGAUGGAGUGUCCAACAGCUUGGAAUGCCAUCGUCUCCAGCUGGACACAGUGAACAGCUCAGGGGGCUUACCUAUCCUCAGCUCUGUCAACAGUGACCUGAAGAAAGUUUCAAGAGAUCCAGACAGGUCGGUGGGAGAAACAGGGAGCCGCGGGGCAUGUCUGACCCUGAAUGACCACGACCACAUCCGACAGUUCAUCCAGGAGUUUACCUUCAGAGGCCUGCUGCCACACAUAGAGAAGAACAUUAGACAGCUCAAUGACCAGUUGGUCUCCAGGAAAGGUCUGAGUCGAUCUUUGUUCACUGCGACAAAGAAGUGGUUUGGUGGGGGGAAAGGUCCAGAAAGGAGCAUCAGUGAACCAAAGAGCACAAGUGGCCUAUUAUACCCACCAGAAGCUCCUGAAUUGCAAAUCAGGAAGAUGGCCGACCUGUGCUUCCUGAUUCAGCACUACGAGCUGGCCUACAGCUGUUACCACACUGCCAAGAAAGACUUCCUCUCAGAUCAGGCCAUGCUGUAUGCUGCAGGGGCUCUGGAAAUGGCUGCGGUGUCGGCUUUUCUGCAGGCUGGAGCUCCUAGACCGUACCCAGCACAUUACAUGGACACCGCAAUACAGACGUACAGGGACGUCUGCAAGAACAUGGUGCUGGCUGAGCGCUGUGCUUUAUUCAGUUCUGAGAUACUCAAGAGUCAGGGAAAAUACUCAGAGGCUGCAACUCUUCUAAUUAAACUGACCAGUGAGGACUCUGACCUGCGCAGCGCUCUCCUGUUGGAACAGACCGCCCACUGCUUUAUUAAUAUGCGUAACCCCAUGGUGCGCAAGUUUGCCUUCUAUAUGAUCCUGGCUGGUCAUCGUUUUGGAAAAGCGGGACAGAAGAGGCAUGCCCUGCGCUGUUACUGCCAAGCCAUGCAGGUGUACAAGGAGAGGGGCUGGUCUUUGGCAGAGGACCAUAUCAACUUCACAGUCGGUCGUCAGUCGUUCACACUUCACCAGCCAGAGAAUGCUGUAACAGCCUUCAGACAGAUCUUCACCCAUGACAGCAGGCAGCCAGCCACACAGCAGGGUGCCUUUCUCAGAGAGUACCUUUAUGUUUACAAGAAUGUGAUCAAAGGAAAUGAAGUCGGUCUUUCCCAGCUGCCUCUGCCCUGUAUCCUCAGCUCAGCCACAAGGGUCUACUUUGGGCGUGAACGUCGCCUUGCAGAAGGGGAGAAACAGGCAGCCACUCAUGUGUCCCUGGACCAGGAAUAUGACCAGGAUUUGGCAGCCAUGUGGUAUCACCUAGAAGAGCAGCUUGUGGCUGCCAGCAACCGGGGAAUAGUUCCUGGAAACUUCCAGCCCACCCAGUGCUGCCUGAAUAGCCAGACGGACAACCUGCAUCACCCACUGGCUGUGGUAGAGGAGCCAAUCAUAGUGGAGGUGACAUUCAGGAACCCUUUGAAGGUUUCUUUGGCUCUGUCAAAUCUCUCACUCCUCUGGAAUUUCAGUGGUGACGGUGCGUCUUCAACAAAGGAGAAGAUGACUGAAGAGUUGUCACAAAAAGCCAUAACCAAUGAGGAGACCCUGGCUCUGGGGAUGAGACAGAAAGAUGACAUUGUCACCACUGAGACCAUCCUGGAAUUUUAUAUGGGUCCAGAAGAGACCAAAAUGGCCCGACUCAAGCUUCUGCCACACAGAACUGGACAGCUGAACAUUGUUGGUGUGGUGUACAACCUGUCUGCAGCCUCUCUUGCAGAGAUGACUCCCAGCACUGACGGCCAGCAGAUAACAGAUUUGACGGUGGUUCGUGGUAAACAGGACCUGAAGAUCCAGGGCCCACGUCUCAACCAGACCAAAGAGGACAAGAUGUUGGUUCGACAUGGUCCUGAUCGACGUCUCGAGCCCAUCAUAACACCGCCCAUGCCCCUGAUGGAGGUCUUCUUCCUGCAGUUUCCCACUGCUCUUCUGUGUGGUGAGAUCAGGAAGGCCUACGUUGAAUUCUGUAACGUCAGCGGUGUUGCUUUGUGUGGCCUGCGAGUUGCAUCCACACACCCUGAGUUCUUCACUUUUGGCAGCCAGGCCACAACCCCUGUUACUCCCCUCAGUCCAACCUCAGCUGAAAACUGCUCAGCCUAUAAAACCUUGGCCACGCCCCCACAUCUGGGCUCAGUGGCAUCUGAGAUGUUGGUUUCAGCUGAGGAUUUUAGUCAGCCAUCCAGUGUGAUGGAGAUCCCAAUAGAUGGCAGCACACUACAGCCGGGGGAGUCCACCCAGCUUCCUCUGUGGCUCAGAGGGCCAGACCAGGAAGGAGUCCAUGAAAUAAAUUUCCUCUUCUACUAUGAGAGCACAGAGAAAGGAAUCAAAAUCAGUCAUCGGGUGUUGCGUCACACGGUGUUUAUCUGCGCCAGUCGGUCGCUGAGUGUGCAGGCGUCGGCCUGCCACAGCAGUGUCCUUCCACAAGAUGGUCUUGAUGACAAAGGCAGCAGCGGAACGCUCGUCUUUAUUGACGUGGAGAACAUCAAUACGAAUGAAGUUGGUGUGCGUGAGUUCCACAUCGUCCAGGUGUCCAGCAGCAGUCAGAACUGGCGCCUCAACAAGUUUAUCAACCCAGCCAAGGAUAAAGACUGUAAACUCACCAGUAGAGAAAGAGCCAAGCUGUGUUUCAGGGCCACGCGAUGCAAGCCCCGCCAAGCUACCUCAGAUGCUGUAGAGAAAUAUACAUUUGCAGACCUGAACCUGGGAAAUGAACAGAUCAUCAGUUCCACAACACCCUGUGGAGAUUUCUUCUUCCGUUGCCGUCAGCGAGUGGAUGUGGCAUCAUCCAGCUGCAAGAGUCAGAGCUCUGUCUCCACGGAGGACAUAGCGUCAGACAUCACCAACAUUGUCAAGAAAUGUAAUGAGCUGGACCUCAACAUAAUUGUCAUCUGGAAGGCUUAUGUAGUCGAGGACAACAAACAACUGAUCCUGGAGGGCCAGCUCCAUGUGGCGCUGCAAACCAUUGGCAAAGAUGCCAGUUCUCUGACUCCCAAAGAGGAAGCUCCAGAGAUGGUGCUGCUCAAGUUUAAAUCGGAGCUGCCUCCUCCGGUCGUCCUGCCCUCUGUAGAGCUGUCCCAACUCAUCAAAACCAACCUGCACUACCCUGAGAACUACACACAUCCCUUUGGCCAGAGCAGUCUCUGUGUGGUGCCAGUUACUCUGACUCUGUCCAACUGCUCAUUGGUUCAUGUGGAUGUCCUCAUUGACUUGCGGCACAAAAGCACCAGUCCUGAGUCUCUGGAGGUCCACAGCUCGUUCACCUGGGUGGGUCAGACCCAAUACAAGCUGGAGCUGAAGCCUCAGGAGGUGCUGUGCCUGACUCUGCGAGCAUGCUUCCUUAAGGCAGGAGUCUACAACCUCAACACACCACGAGUCUUUGCCAGGCCAGCUGAGCAGGGUGCCAUGUGUGAGACGAGUCAGCAGGCAGCCACCCCUGCUCUCAUAAUUAUUAACAACGCCUGAGCAGAGCAUUGUGGCUUGCAGAUAGGAGGGCCUGAACUCUGUGGCCUUCCAGCUGCUCCACUAGACACAUGACCAUACUUGCUUUUCUUGAAUAAUACUGGACAGGUAGAAACACAGAUGUUUUGUACCAAUGACUAAAACAGAAAAGGGUUUAUUUAUGGCAAACAGCUACAGUUUAUAGAGAUUCCUGAUGUUGUGAUGAAGCGGCCGAUGAUUUAUGGACCUCAGAACUCUUUACUUUCAUCAGCCAAGUAUCAAAAAUUCUUAUUUGUACGUCACUUUUUCUGUAUGUGUCAACACAGGUUUUUCUCCUAGCAUCCAGUCUUCCAUGCCUGUCUCCACCCACCCUGUUUGACCAACCUGUCACCAGCAGCGCAAACUAUUGUUUGACAAAAGUUAGGUUGUGCUGGUGUUGUACCAGAAUGUUGCCUCCCAUCUCCAACCUUAAAGCUAAAUCAGAGACACACUACUGCGCUUCUGUUGAAAGGACUGUGUCUACAUUAAGACAUCACAAGAAUGCUGAAAACGGGGGUUUCUGCAUGUCUGGUCCAGUUCAGUUGAACUGGCCUUUAGUUCCACACUUUGGACUGAUGCUCUUUGUUACCGUAAACAACUUCAAUCUGCAAAUAUGUUAAAUUCCUGAACGGAUUGAGCAGUAGCUUUGAUAUGACUGUUGCUUUAACAGCAUACCAAGAGCUGUUUACACCCUGAAUGUUGUGCACCUCACCGUCUCGCCAAGGCAAGAUGAAGGCUGCCAACUGAAACCUGUCUUAUUGCCCAUUCACCCUAUAGCAACCAUGUACUCGUAUGUUGAUUGUUACAGCCCAUCCAAUCGCUAUACCCCUGCUCACCCCCAACCUGUGUGCUUAUUUGAUCAAGCUCUUGUAUGCAAUGACUUUGACAGCUUUUCUGAAAUUUAUGUAUUAUAUUUAUAUAGCUAUUUGGAUGUAAAUAGAAAAUAAAAAUGUAACUAAUGAUACUGUAUGUAAGCCUGUUGCAAGAGACUGAUAUCUGUUCACAGUUCUGUCUUUUCCUUACAGUAGCUGCAUUCCACCACUUUUUACAUGGUGUAAUUAAAAUGAACAGACAACGUCCAGCCAGCACAAAUGGCACUGUGAUAGCUGAGU